CAGAGCUCGAGGCGUCACGCGAAAACGAGAUACAACACGGCCGGGGUCUGCAGAGGUCUGGGCUCUGACACAUCGACACAGGUGCGCCUAUUGUGCGCGUACGCCAUUGACUGGCGACAUUGCUAUUGCUGAUUGCCGUCAUCGGCGGCCCAGCUGUCAUUGACACCGCCGUCGACACCGACAUGGCCGCGGGAGGGAGGGGGUCGCGGGUCAGCAUCCGCCGAUAACAGUCGCGCUCUCGAGAAUUUUAUUUUUUGGAGUCUUUUCUUAAUUCCUUCCGCGCGAAAGAAAAAACGGCGGCGUCAAAAUGACGGGGGGUAUUAGUGAGAGCGUCGCGAUUAAACGAUCGACCGUUAUGCAACGACUUUUACCGGAAAAGCGGGAUGAAACCUGCAUUGCGAUCACUUCGCGGAACAGUGCGUUCUAAUUGAAACGCCUGGUUCCGGCGUUGGUUAUGCUUCUUUCACAAAUAUAAUAAAUUAUAUCUCUCCCAAUCUCUCCGAGAUACUUUAUUCGCGAUACGAGAUACGAGGCAUUUUAUUUCUGAUCCGGAUAUAAUCUGAAAAGCUUCUUCGUCGAGCGUUCUCCGUACCGACGAAGAAACGCGGGCUUUUAGGGAGAGAAAUAAGGGAGAGAUGUCGCGACGUGUGAAUUUGAUCACGUGUGCUGGGAAAGCAUGGCGAGCACCGAGCAUGUGUGACUUGUGUGAGCAUGUGGCGUGACGCGUGAGGUAGCCGGCGUGUGUUUUGCAACGUGAGGCUCGAAUAAGAAUUAAAACCCUUUUAAGUCACGCAUCAGCGCGAGGAAAAUGAAGGGGCCUUCGAGGUCGAGCAAAGCAAAGAGCAACAGGCACGAGGCUGAAUGUGCCAUUGAAGAUGAAGAUUCGAUGAAUUCUGAAUCCGACAACGAAAGUACAGUGAAUUCAGAGGUUGACGAUGAGGAUCCAGUGGAGUCUGAAUCUGAUAAUGCAGAUCUGAUGGAAGACACGAACGAUGAUGAGGAUCCUGAAUCUGACAAUGCGGACUCAGUAGAAGAUGAAGAAGAAGGAGAAGUAGAAGAACUGGAAAAUCACGAGACUGAAUCUCACGCAGUAAAUUCAGAGAAGAAGAGAAAGAAAGUCACGGACGAGUUAACGGAGGCAGUGCCCAAGAAGAAGAAAAAAUUUGAAAACAGCCUUUACAAGCAGCCAACAGUCGAAGAACUCAGUCAGCUUAGGGAAACCGAGAAUUUAUUUCACUCGAAUCUGUUCCGAUUACAAAUCGAAGAGGUUCUCAACGAAGUGAGGCUCAAAGAUAAAUAUAAAGCGUUAUUUGAGAUUUGGUUUGGGAAGUUGAAAGCAGCGAUUGAAUCUGUCGAAGAGACUGAAGAAGUUCCGCUUGUAAAUAAUAAUUUGGAUCAUGAACUGGGCAUUUGCAUUCCUGUGCCGCAUAUACCAAAAGAAACCAAGAGCGUUUUCAAAUUCUUGAAGCCGAUCAACGUCAGCGUGGUUGGAUCUUACGAUUUUGGAUGUAUUCUCGGUCCUACCGUUACCGUGGAUGUAAUGGUGGAGAUGCCGGCUACUUUAUUUCGGAAGCAGGAUUAUCAGAACUAUGUAUAUUUUAGAAAAAGAGCGAUAUACCUGGCGUUCGUAGCGUCGAUUAUAGGAAGCGACAUCGCCGAGAGUAAGAGAUUUAUCGGCGACAAUCUAACACCUUCCUUGAAGCUUCGACCCAGCGGAAGAUUGAACAAGAAGGUGGACGUAGUAAUACACGUAUCCGCGCAGGAAACCAGCUUCAAGUUGAAUAGAUUUCUGCCGGAGAAAAAUAGCGUUAGGCCAGGAUGGUAUUUCAACGAGAAGUCUAUGGAAGACACAUCUUUACCGCCUACUUCGCACUACAAUUCUCUGGUAUUGCGCGACCUAGUGAUGUCGAGGACAAAUUCCGAAGUCGCGCAAGUAAUAAAAGCAUAUCCAAAUUUGAGGGACGGUAUAAUCCUACUGAAAAUAUGGUUGCGCCAACGCGAAUUGAACAAGGGAUACGACGGCUUCACCGGCCACAUCGUCACAAUGUUUGUAAUCUAUUUGUUGCGCGAGAAAAAGCUCAACACUUUCAUGAGCAGCUAUCAGAUUGUACGGAAUGUCUGGAUUUGCCUAGAACAGGGAAAUUGGUGCGAGAACGGAAUUACCAUGUGCGAAGACAAAGAUAAUCAGAAACAAGUGUCCCAUUAUCACAAUUAUUACGAUUGUGUCUUUCUUGAUAGUACCGGCUAUCACAAUUUCGCGGCGAAUCUGUCGAAGGAUACCUUUUCGUGGGUACAGAGAGAAGCGGCGUCGUGCCUGAAGCAUUUGGACAACCUACACGUGGAUAGCUUUCAUGCACUUUUUAUGCGAAAUGUACCAUUUCACAGAGCAUUUGAUCAUAUUUUAUGUUUUCAGGAUAAGUCAGUUUUAGAGAGAGUUGUGAAUGAUAAAUCCAGCGUGGACGACAAACUGAAUUACGGGCCUGACAAACGUAGUCAGGUGAUUAAAUUAUUUUUCGAAGUUCUGAAGAAAGGUCUAAAAGAUAGGAUUAAUCGAUUAUGCGUAUUACCCAGUAUAUGCAAGGAAUGGGAAUGUACUGAGGUGAUGCCAGAUAGUAUUGAGAAGCUCGUUAUUGGACUAGAAUUGAAUCCUGAAACAUGUUUUGACAUCGUGGACAAAGGACCUGAAGCUAAUCUACCAGAAGCAAUUGACUUUAGAAAUUUUUGGGGCGAUAAGUCUGAAUUACGCAGAUUUAAAGACGGAACCAUUCGUGAGGCUGUGGUUUGGUCGAAAGGCAAAACUCUCACAGACAAGAGAAUAAUAUGUAAGAAGAUAAUAGUUUUUCUGCUAAAAGCAAAGUUUAACAUCCUCAAAAAACAUUAUUUAUAUGUCGCGGAUCAAAUGGAAGAUUUGCUAAAGUUGCACAAGUACAAAAUAACGCACUUCGUAUACGGCACUGGCGAAGAAGCUACAUUAAAGGUUCUACAAGCUUUUAACACUUUGGAAAAGAAUUUGAUGUCACUAAAGGAUAUGCCUUUGACGAUAAAUGGUGUGCAGGGUUCGAGCCCGGUUUUUCGAUACGCGGAAAUCUUUCCGCCACUUGCUACUGUCCAUCGGAAGACCGAUGGUGUCACCGAGGAAGACAAAAAUUGUUUGAGCCUUUCAAAGAACAUCACGAAAUGCCCUAUGUAUGUUCACGCGCUUGAUGCGACGUUACAGUUAUCGACUAGCGGGAAAUGGCCUGAGGAACUGGAAGCCAUUAGGAAGACAAAGGCGGCGUUUCACAUACAAAUCGCGGAAUGCCUCAGGACUCAACAUGAACUGACAGUGCAGGCCAAUCCUUCUUAUGUAGAUGUGUACCAGAACGGAUUCGUUUUUCGAUUAAAAGUGGCGCACCAGAAGGAAAUUGCAUUAAUGAAACAAGUCAAGGAGAAUGGAGUAAUUAAAUACAGAGACAAUGAGGAAUCCAUUGAACUGGAAAACAAAUUGUUUCAUUUACCGAAAUUGAGUAGUGCUUUGCAUGGGUUGCAUUCUCAGCAACCAUCGUUCGGUCCCGCUUGCUGUUUGGCGAAACGAUGGUUAUCGGCGCAGCUCUUGGACGACACACACAUACCAGGAGUUGUGAUUGAAUUGCUCGUGGCAUCGCUGUAUCUCGCACCGGAGCCGUAUAAGCCGGCUCAGACGCCGCAAGUGGCAUUUCUACGAUUCCUCGAAAUUGUUGCGAGAGCUCACUGGAACACUGAUCCCGUCAUUGUUAAUUUCAAUGGCGAAAUGACCAGUAAGUCCAUAUCUUAAUAUAUUUUCUGUUUUUCUAUUUUUCUAAAACGUGAAUUUCCGUAAUGCAUUAUCGUGAAAUUAUCACUUCAUUGAAAAAAUGAAUUGAUACUAAAAUCAAAGUUGACUGUAGAUAGAUAAAGAUGAUAACGAGCGGAAAUAAUCUCACUUUAAAUUUUAUAUUAUCGCAAAAUCUGUAUUAUCGCU